AUGAGAACGAUUCAAUUGCUGCGCGUCGCGGGCACUGCCGCCGCUCUGACGGUAAACGAUGCGGCGCCAAACGGCCAGAAACCGAUGGGUGAGGUGGACGCGGCGUUCCAAGCUCGGGAUCCAUUCACGGACGACUUCCAGGCAUUCGCAGAGGACAUUAUGGAACAGUGGAGGGUUCUCGGAAUGUCGAUCGCUGUGGUCGAUGGUGACCAGGUGUUUGCCAAGGGCUUCGGUUUGGCAACAUUGCCAGACACGCCGGCGACUCCAGAGACGCUCUACUAUGUUGGGUCAACAUCCAAGGCGCAUACCGCUGCGACCCUCGCGCAUCUCAUAGACUCCAAAGCCUACCCAGAGCUCUCCCGCGGCUGGGCGACGCCGAUAUCCUCCAUCAUCCGCGACGACUUUGUCCUGCAGGACGAGUGGGCUACCGGCCACAUCACGCUCGAUGACGCCGUCAGCCACCGCACGGGCAUGCCGCGCCAUGAUAACUCCUGGCAUCAAGAACGGGACGGCAAUGAGACGAGCAUCAAAGACAUUGUGCGCAAUCUGCGGAACCUCCCUCCCGCUGUCGAGCCGAGGGUCGAGUGGCACUACUGCAACUUGAUGUAUGUAACGCUGUCGCAUGUCGUCGAGACAUUGACAGGCAGAUGGCUAGGAGAUGUUUUGCGGGACACAAUUUGGAAGCCACUGGCGAUGCAUUCAACGUACCUGAGUCUGCAAGAGGCGCGAAGGGGCCCUGCUCACCUUGCCUCGGCCUACAUCUGGAGAGAUGAAAAAGAAAAGUACGAAAAGCUUCAGUACGUAUCUGCCAGAUUCCUGGGGGGCGCAGGCGGCAUCAUUUCCAACGUCCUCGACUACACCAAAUGGAUCAAGUGCCUCAUCGACGAAUCGGAGCCGUUCUCCAAGGCGGUUCACAAAGAUAUUCGCGCCCCGAGGAUGAUAAGCAAUCCCGAGCCCAGUUUGACCAGCGACGUACAGCUCUAUGGCCUGGCCUGGACGCGCACGACGGUCCACGGCGAGGUCGCUUAUUGGCACGACGGAUCGACGCUCACGUUUGGUGCCGAGGUGUACUGGUUUCCGAACCUCAAAUACGGCAUAGUCGCCUUUGCGAACGGAGCGCUGGGCUCCAAUCCUGCAGAGCAAGUCUUGGUGCACAGGCUCAUCGAGGACAAGCUGAACGUCCCGGCGAGUCGACGAGCUGACUUGAACAAGAGCCUCAAGGAGAAAUCCGCAAAAGCGCAGCAUGAUCUCGAAAACAUGGAACAAAUUCUGUUUCCCAAUCGCCCCGAGCAGCGGCUGCCACCCACACUGCCAUCUACCCAACUGGUUGGCUCAUACUACAAUGAAGGAUAUGGCACGGUUCACUUCUUCACAGAGCCGCAUCCGGACAAGCAAGGGGAGACUAUGCUUGUAGCCAACAGGACUGAGAUCCUCUGGGCCCAGCAAUGGCGAAUGCAGCACGCUACUGGUGACUAUUGGGCGGUUCAAAACAAGCUCCUUUUCUGUGGCAUGAACAUCCCGUUGGAGUUCUUCGCGGGCGAGUUCAAGCUGGGGGUCGACGGCAAAGUUGCAGCGUUCGUGGCCGAUUUUGAGAGUAGGUCAGGCCAAGUCAGCGAAGGACGGGUUCUGUUCAAGAAGCUGGAAUCAUGA